GACAUUUUACUUCCUUGAACACAUUCCGUUUACAAUUACAGUAUGAUAUGAUAUCGUAAAUAAAAAUGGAAUUACCGAGUAAAAAUUUGUGCACCCUUUGUACGGACGAUGGACUAUCUAAUUAUGCAGUCACGUGGUGCACAGAAUGUGAAGGUUUUCUUUGUACAGAUUGUGAAAAACAUCACAAAAGAUCGAAAGCCUCUAAGGAACAUAGCACAAUGUCCACUGAAGAUUAUCAUAAGUUACCCAAGUCCAUACGCGAAACAAGCAAUAGAUGCAAAGACCAUGACAAAAAGUACGAACUGUAUUGCUCUUCCCAUGCAUGUCCUUGCUGCGUUCAAUGUAUCGCCGAUACGCACCAGAAGUGUCAAGACAUGAAGCCAUUGGCUGACAUUUUGAAAGAAGUCAAAUCAUCUGCUGCUAUUCCGCUACUGAAAAACGAUUUAAAGGAUUUGAGAGAAAGUUUUGAAGAGGUAAUAAAACACAUAGGAGACAGGAUUAAAAUAAUUAACUCUCAAAAAGAAAAAGGAAUUGAGGAAAUUAGAUCCAUGCGUAAAUUACUAGAGGAUCAUUUCGACAAACUAGAAAGGCAAAUUCUUGGCGAUCUAAAUGCCAAACAUUCAAUAUUAAAAUCAAAGUUGGCGGAACUUGUUAAAGAAAUGGAAAACAGAGCCAAAUUGGUUGGUCAAUUGGAGGACGAGUUUAGUACGAUGACAAAAUAUGCAACUGAAUUGCAAAUAUAUGUCGGUAUGCAAGAACUGGAAAAAACAGCAUCAAAAGAAGCAAAAUUCCUGGAAGAUUUGGAAAGUGGAAAUGAUUUGCAUGAUAACAACAUGGAGGUUAAAAUUUUGUCAGAAGUAUAUUCAGUAUUGCAAGAUGUUUAUUCCUUUGGGAAGAUAUCUAUCAAGUCUACACCGUAUAGUUUCCAUGGUAAGAUCGGAAGAAAAGACCAAGCCCAGCGUAUAGUUCCAACGGUUCCUAAACCUGAGCAGGUUAAACCAUCAUUGAUGGAAAACUUUGAGUUUCUAAAAGUGAUAACCAACAAUCCAGACAUCUUUUCCCAGAUUCGUCAAAUGAGAUUUUUCCUUGAUAAAAAAACUGCACAUAAGGAAGUGAGUGUUUUGGAAGAUGGAACAACUUUUUCUAACAGCAUACAGGAAGUUGCAGAAGAGUCAUAUAAUUCUAGCAGACACAAACGCUUCAAAGGUGCACGGGGAACACAUGUUUUUACACAGCCUGGGAUAUAUUUUUAUGAAGUUAUCAUAAGUAUGAAAGUUUUAGCACCUCUGCAAGAAAACAACAUUGCUUUUGAGAUUGGUAUUGCCAGACAUACAUCCAUAGAUAAGAAGAAAUAUAUUGAAGGUCAACCAUUCACAUAUUCGAUGGUGGGAAUCCACCAUCCAAAGUGUGAUGCUGUGUGUGUCCAAAUGAUAAGACAAGAAGUAGUUCUUUUCCACAAAACUCUCGUGAAGAACCAGGUAGAUGAGGAAUGUCGCAUAGUUUUAGGUUUCCUCUUAAAUACAGAUAAUGGUACAUGGGAAAUCUAUAACAUUGAAGAAGGAGAAAAUCUCUGUGCCGUACAUAAUGUAAAUUGUGAACAGCCUCUGUUUCCAGUUAUUUCUGGUUACAAUCCCUCACAAAUUCAGGUGACUGCUACAUUUGUUACAGGCCAUCAAAAGUCUCUCUAGUGAAGUAAGAUCACUUUAAUAAUCUCAAACAAAUGCAUUAUUUCAUGUUUAUUUAGUUGGUACUUGUAUGCUGACAUGAUAAAUCAUUGAUAUGUUUAUUUACUAUAAUUUUACUGUUUUUACUAAAAUGUUGAAAUGUUUAU